ACAAGCGACAUCAUGGCGCUGUUUCCAGCUUUUUCUGAGGCAAAAACUGACAACGAUCAAGAUUCGCCUAAAGAAUUAGAUUGGCUGAACAACAAGAGUUUUCAGACUAGGAAUGCACUUUCUCUUCAAAGUCAUUUUUUAGAGAAGACCAAGGAUGAGAGGGAAACAUGGGUUGGCAGUGACGCCAGCUCUGCUGAGAAGGAACAGAAGAGAGAUGGAGAUGCUGUACCCAGGAAGAAGAAAAAGAAGGAUGAAAAGAAGAGGAAGAAGAAGAAAAAACACAAAAAGAAGAGUGGGAGGUAUAGUAGCAGUGGAUCAGACUCUGAAACCAUCUACCCCAGUGAUCUCAAAAGGGAACAAGAGGAUAGGCAUCAGCCUGCACCAUUAGCAACUUGCUUCUCCUGGUUAGACGACCUCAAGCUUCCCACAGAGCAACCAUUCUGUGUGGACCGUAAAGCGGAUUCGGCUAACUGGAAUUACAAGUCCCUCUACAGAGGAGACAUAGCCAGGUAUAAGAGGAAAGGCAGCUCCUCCUUGGGUCUAGACUCUCGUAAGCAGGAAAUCAGCUGGGAGGAUUCAGAGACAAAAAAGAAACAUAAAAAAGGGGACAACAAAAACGCAGCAGACAGAUACUUUUCUACGGCCAGUCGACAUCUGCUGAAGUCUGAACCCGCUGUUCCUGUACUCUCCGUGACUCCGGAUGGUAGCCAGGCCAUCACCUCAUUCCUUCCCCUGGGCAAUGCUGAGGGGGAAAACAGAAGACCAGAGACAGGAGCUGGAGUCCAGUCGUUUUCAGUGAAUCCCCUUGGUGUGUACGACUCGUCCACGACCCUCUGGCUGCAGGGGAAAGGCCAGCCGGGUGAACAGAAGCAGGACACACAGAUGGAGGAGAGUGAUACCCGUGUGGUUGGGAGGACUGAAGAGUUUAACAGGCGCCUCAGGGAGAAACCUGGAGAUACACAGCUGUGGAUACAGUUCAUACAGUACCAGGACGAGCUGAGUGCAGCAGCGUUUGGAGGCCAGGAUGAGCAGCAGGGCGGUGACUCAGCAGAGCACCGUAAGUCGUCUUACAGAGCGGUCCUGGAGAAAAAGCUCAGCAUUGUAGAGCGAGCUGUGGCCACCAACCCCACCUGCAUCGCUCUGCAGCUCGAGAGGCUCAGGAUCUGUCAGGAACUCUGGGAGCCGUCAGCGUUGGCUAAAGAAUGGAAGAAACUGGUGUUCCUCCACCCAAAUAGCGCUCCUUUGUGGAGAAAGUAUCUGCUCUUUAUCCAGAGCUACUUCAGCAACUUCACUGUAUCAAAAGUCCACUCUGCUUAUGGGAAGUGUCUGAGCACGCUCAGUGCUGUGCGAGACGGCAGCAUGGUCUCUCACCCAGCUCUGCCAGGAACUGAGGAGGACUUGUUGGAUAUCUUCAUCCUGCAGUGUCACUUCCUGCGCCAGUCUGGUCACUCGGAGAAAGCCAUUUCUCUGUUUCAGGCCAUGAACGACUUUACCUUCUUCAAACCUGACAAUGUGAAAAAACUGUCUACUAAGCAGCAGGCUGAGUUCUUUGAGCCGUUCUGGGACAGCGGGGAGGCGAGAGUUGGGGAGCUCGGGGCCAGAGGCUGGAAAGCCUGGAUGCACCAACAAGAGCGAGGAGGCUGGCUCCAACCGUCCGCAGAGGAAGAUGAGGAGGAGGAAGUGGAUGAAGAGGAGGUGAAGGACAGGAGCGAAGCCAGAUGGAAAGUCUGGCUGGAUGUGGAGGCGACUCGUGAAGCAGCUCACUGGUUACCGUGGAGACCUGACACAGCAAAGGGCCAGACAGAGGAGGACUGUGAGGACCCUGACAGACAGGUGUUAUUUGACGACAUUGGUCCUUCCCUAAUUUGUUUGUCGACACCAGUACUACAGCUCCGAUUUCUUCUACACUUCUUGUCCUUCCUGGGUCUGCCUGUAAACUCUGUGCUAUCUGCUGCCUCCUCUCAGUCUGGGCUGCUUGUGGAGAGUCUUUCUCUGCUCACACAGGGUAAUGACAUCCAGCAUCCUCUGACCUCCUAUAAUCUAGCUGACCCUGGGGUUAAUUCUGUAGGUCACAUGACCACACUGCAGGGAACGAGGAAGUGUGUGGGACUCGGGAAGCAGGGUGAGAAGUUCCUCACCAACGUGCUUAGUAUGAUCCAGCCUGUUCUUCCUCCUCCCCACCGAGCUCUUCUGUCACUCAGCUGGAUCCAUUAUGAGAAACUCAAGGUCUCAAACUGCUUGCGGAUCGGCAAUAAGAAGCGUCUUCGCACUCAGGGCAAGCGCAGCAAGCAAGUUGCCAAGCGACUGCUCAAAGAACCAGACAACCGCUCAUCGCUGGUGAUGUGGCAGGAGUACGCCCACCUGGAGUGGAUGCUGGGUAAUCUGGAUGAAGCUCGCAAAGUGUUCUCCACAGCCACGGCAACAGAGGGAACCAGAGGGCUGAGCAGCCCCACCCUGUGUGAUCUGUGCCUGCUGUGGUCCCAGCUGGAGGUGGAAGACACAGCUAAAGAGAGAGCAGGACAACUCGACGUGACCACGUCGCCAGUUGUUUGUAUACUGACCAGACUCGCAGAGGGAACCUCCUCAUCUUCUCCUUCAUCCCCUCAGUCCCUCUCGCCCGUUUCCAUUUUGAAAGCCAGGAAAUCGUACGAACUGGCUCUGACUACCAGCUUGUCAGCCCUGGACCAAAACAUCAGGAACCCCAAACCUGACAGAAAAGCAGACCAGGAAGACCUGCUAGAAGAGAAGCUGAGAUUGAGCGGUCUGGUCGGCUGCUACGCUCUGUUCCAGUAUCUCACGGUGAGCAUCCAAGCAGCCGCCGCCGUCUACAGCCUGGCCAGGGAGAGGAUGGAGGAGCUGCACCGCACACUCACACCCGAGAAGGACUUCAGCGGUAAUAAUAAGGCCGAAUCUGCUUCCAUCGAAGCCAGCCGCUGUGCAGCUGAUCCCACUCCCAGAAACAGACGUUUAAUGAGCCAGUUAGCUUCUGAGUGCGAGGUCUUGGCCGUGCAACAGGCGGCACUGCUGAGAUACCACAGCAGCACCAGCGUGUUUCCUCUGGCAGCGCUGAGACAAACGCUCACCUCGGCCCUCGCUGCCUGGCCCUGCAACGCCCUUCUGUGGACCGUAUACGUGCAGGUGGAGAACCGUUACCACAGUGCUGGCCGGGCACGGCGGUUUUUUCACUCUGUAACCAGAGACCUCCACAGUUUGGUACCACGCCUGUUUGCUAUUGUUGCUGAACAACAAAGGAAGCAGCUGGUGGAUGAUACGCAAAGGUCUUGUUGCUAUGACGAAGCCCUGCCCAUACUGCCAGAGAACGGCCUCAGCAACCGAAUCCGUGGUCUGUUUGAAACCGCCAUAGCAACAGAGAUGGGUGCUUACUGUCCUUUAUUGUGGAGGAUGUACGUCCACUUCCUGGUAUCAGAAGGUAAAGUGGAUAAAGCCAGAGGGAUCUUCUAUAAGGCCUUGCAGAAUAUUCCCUGGGUGAAGGGUCUGUACAUGGAUGCAGUGCAGCUGUUCCCCGAGCAUCUGCAGGAGUUUGUAGAUCUGAUGACAGAGAAAGAACUCCGACUGAGACUGCCUUUAGAAGAGCUGGAUAUACUACUGGAAGACUGAACACAUGCACCUCAUUAAAGGGCUUUAUUUUGCUAUACUUGCUAUAAGCCAUGCCACACGCUGGCUCACUUGAUUGCAAGAACAUUACACUUCUACAAACAAAACUGCAGUAAGCUACAGAUAAGUCAAGAUAGAUAUUUUGUACAUAAAGUGCUCAAAUUCUUUAGAAAAUGUAUUUUAGCACCUGAUUUUAUCAAUAAA